AUGGAAAUGCUGAAACUAAGAUAUCUCAGGGAACUUUGCUAUCGUACUGGGAAAGACCACAAGGAUAUUGCAAGUGUUAUUGAAGCAAAUGAACUAAAGAUCCGUCGUUGUUCCGAUGAGAUUUUUGAUAUUAGCAGCGAAGAUUUCGUGAAAAUGGUUCUAUUGGAUUCUGCAUUUAUCAUUGAGCACUUCUUGAAGUCUACUGCGUGUAGAGAAAAUGAAAGCAAUGGGAGAGAAGAUAGAAACGAUUGUAUAACGAGUACACCAUUGCUGAGGAAGCACAUAACACAAGACUUGCUAUUACUUGAGAAUCAACUUCCAUUUUUUAUUCUUGACGACUAUGCAUGCUCUGUUGGAGAUACUCUUAUGCUUGUAAGUAAGUACCUUUUUCCCAAUAUCGAGGAGAAAGAAACAAUCAUUGAUGAGAAGGAAUUAGAAAUAAAACAUUUUACUGAUUUGAUGAGACAUUUCUACUAUCCAACCAAUUUUGUAAAGACUGGACGACCUAUUGAAACUCUUUAUAAUGCAAAAAAGCUAGAUGAGGCAGGAGUGGUAUUCAAAAGGGCUGAAGGGAGAAGACGGUUACUCGACAUAAAUUUCAAGAAAAGUAAGCUUACGGAAAUAUUUCCUUGCUUCACUUGCUCAUGGCUCUUGCAUUGCUUACCGUGCUUGGACUACUUUCCAUGCUUGGUGAAUACGCAAACUUUCUUAGAAGUCCCAUGCUUGGAGGUACAUGAUGAAACUGAAGGCAUUUUCCGAAGCCUCAUGGCACUGGAGCUGUGUCAUUAUCCAUUUAAAACUUACAUAUGCAAUUAUAUAGUGCUAUUGGAUUUUCUUAUCAACACUAGAGAUGAUGUGGAGCUGCUUGUUGAGAGAGGGAUUAUUGUUAAUAAGUUAGGCAGCAACAAAGCAGUUGCCUCUAUGGUUAACAAACUUGGCCUAGAAAUAGAGCAAAAUACAUCCUGUUACCAUGAACUCGCUCAACAGCUGAAUGACUACUAUGACAACGAUUGUAACCGUAAUAUGGGAUCCUUGAGAACAAUAUAUUUUGGUGAUAUUUGGAGAGGCUGCAACUUUUAUUGGGGUCAUAGUCCUGCUUGUAACUUUCUUGAAUUUCUUAAGGCCUUUUGUCCUCAAGAAUAUUUAAGAAUUUUCUUUGUGAUUUUAUCAAAUAGUUGGAAGAUUGGCAAUUGCUUGUAG